GCGAGACGUGCUAUAAAAAUUAUCUUUCUGCCCUUUUUCAUCUCACACUUGCUUUUACACAGUUUUUCGUGAUUUCCAUGCAGUUUUCGCGAUGAAAGCGUGCCAAAAAAUGGCAUGAGUGAUCUUCACAGGCUCGAUCGGCCCUUGCAUCUCGGCCUAACCUCCAAAGUGUCGAACUGUCAAAGUGAGAAGAGUCGCAGUGUGUUUCCGUGGGGCUGCGAUAGGUGUGUUUUCCUCAAGUGAGUGGCCCCAUUGACGGCAUCGCAGCGCGAGGAUGUAUCAGAGCGCCUGCGGGGCGGCGACGGGCGGAUGCGUGAGGGGCGAGCACAGCCACAGCCGCGAGAGUCACCUGAUAUCCCACGAGCCCGCCGUGGCGCCCGUGGAGCACGACUACGGGGGCUUCGACAUCGUCAAGGCCACCCAGUAUGGCGCCAUCGGGCGCGUGCGGGAGCUGGUGGAGGCGGGCUGGGACGUGAACCAGCCCGACAGUGAGACAGUCACGCUGCUGCACUGGGCGGCGAUCAACAACCGCCGCGACAUCAUCCGCUACUUCCUGGAGAAGGGUGCCGUGGUGGACGCCGUGGGCGGCGAGCUGAACGCCACGCCGCUGCACUGGGCCACCCGGCAGGGCCACAUCAGCGCCGUGGUGCUGCUGCUGGCCGCCGGCGCCGACCCCAGCAUCCGCGACGCCGAGGGCGUCUCGUGCAUUCACCUGGCCGCGCAGUUCGGCCACACGGCGCUCGUGGCCUACUUCAUCGCGCGCGGCGUCAGCCCGGACCUGCAGGACCGCACGGGCAUGACGGCGCUCAUGUGGGCGGCGUGGAAGGUGGUGGAGAUCGAUCCCGUGCGCCUCCUGCUCACGCUGGGCGCCAGCCCGAGCGUCGUGGACCACACGCACGGCAACACGGCGCUGCACUGGGCCAUCCUGGCCAGGAACGCCACCGCCAUCAACACGCUCGUCCUCAAGGGCAAGGCGAGCCUGGACAUUCCGAAUCUGCGCGGCGACACGCCGCUGUCGAUGCUGCAGUCGCAGGCGGGCGCGUUCUGGAUCUCUCCCAAGGUGACGGAGAGGCUGCGUGAGCUGGGCCAGGCGCAGCAGCGGCGCAGCUUCCUGGUGCGCUGCUCCGUGGACAAGCGCGUGCGCUGGUGGACGAUGGCGGCCACGCCGUUCCUGGUCUUCUACCUGGCCGGGCUGGUGUUCAGCGCCGAGCUGCUGUACAUCAUCAAGUUUUUCCUGCUCGGCUGUCUGUACGCCGUCACGCACACGGUGGGGCGCGCCAUGUUCGACGACCACCUCAUGACGCUCAUCCCGCUCAGCGUGUACCUGGCCACCAAAUUCUGGUUCUACGUCACGUGGCUGGUGUACAUCGCGCCCGCCGUGUCGGCCUGGCUGUCGCUGGCCUUCCUCGCGUGCAGCGCGCUGCUGUGGUGGUGCUUCCUGCGCUCGUGGCGCGGCGAUCCGGGCGUGAUCCGGCCCACGCAGGAGCAGCGGAUGCGCACGAUCAUCGAGCUGAGCGAGCGCGGCGGCGCCGGCUUCGCGCCGCCCGGCUUCUGCUCAUCCUGCCUCGUGCGGCGGCCCGUGCGCAGCAAGCACUGCUCCGUGUGCGAUCGCUGUGUGGCGCGCUACGAUCACCACUGCCCGUGGAUCCAGAACUGCGUGGGCAUCGGCAAUCACCGCCACUUCAUGGGCUUCCUGUGGGCGCUCAUGCUCAUGUGCGCGUGGAUGCUGUACGGCGGCUCGCAGUUCUACCAGGUGCAGUGCGACAUGCGCCUGGACGGCUUCUGGAGCGCGCUGCUGGCCAUCGGCUCGUGCCAGCCGUGGGUCGGCUGGGUGAUGGCCAACGCGCUGCUGCACAUGGCCUGGGUGGCCACGCUGGCGCUCUGCCAGACCUACCAGAUAGUGGCGCUGGGCAUGACCACCAACGAGCGCAUGAACCGCGACCGGUACAAACACUUUCAGGCGAAGGGCGGCAGGAGCCCGUUCACGCGCGGGCCGCUCAACAAUCUGGUGGACUUCCUGGAGUGCGGCUGCUUUGGGCUGGUGAAGCCCAAUCGCGUGGACUGGAUGACGUUUUUCGAUCUGGACAAGACGCAGGAGCACGAGCCGCUGCUCAGGCCCACGGACAAUUAUCAGUAUGUGUAGGACGCGGCGGCGCCCGCCGCGGCUGCCGAGGCGGUGUGAAGAGGCGCGCGCCGACAUCAGUAUCCGAAAGACAUCCUCUUCUUGUGUUUU